CGCUUCCCUGCCCGCCCGGCCAGCUCGCCUCCAUCCCCGCCGCCAGCAUGAGCUCCGCGCCGGUUUUCCUGGACGCCGGGGCCGUGGAGAAACACUGGCCCGCCUCCCGCGCCCUCCUCUCGGCUCUGGAAGCCGCCUUGGCCGCCUUCUCCAGCGGGGCCGAGGGCGGCGUGGUGCAGCCGCUGCGCACCGUCCUCCCGAUCCAGAAGCACAGCGGCUUUUUAGGGGUCAUGCCCGCCUACAGUGCCAACGACGAUGCGCUGACAACCAAGCUGGUGACCUUUUAUGAGAAUGUGUCUCCUUCGCACCAAGCGACGGUCCUGUUGUUUGACCCAACGAACGGCACACUCAAAGCGGUGAUGGAUGGCAACGUCAUUACGGCCAAGCGUACGGCGGCGGCUUCAGCAAUUGCCACCAAGUAUUUAAUGCCUGCAGUUUCAGAAGUCCUCUGCAUUUUAGGAGCUGGCGUUCAGGCCUACAGCCACUACGAACUUUUCACAGAGCUCUUCUCCUUUAAAGAGGUUAGGAUCUGGAAUCGCACCAAGAAGAAUGCAGAAAAGUUUGCUAGCAAAGUGAACGGACCGGUACGGGUCUGUUCCUCGGUCCAGGACGCUGUCAACGGGGCGGAUGUGAUUGUCACGGUCACAAUGGCCACUCAACCCAUCUUGCACGGAGAGUGGGUGAAACCCGGAGCCCAUAUAAAUGCUGUAGGAGCCAGCCGGCCUGAUUGGCGAGAACUAGAUGACAAUGUAAUGAGCAAUUCGGUAUUGUAUGUCGAUUCGAAAGAGGCAGCUCUGCGCGAAUCUGGAGACGUUAUUUUAUCGGGGGCCAGCAUUUUUGCAGAACUGGGCGAAGUGAUCUUGGGAAGCAAACCAGCCCUGCGUGAGAAAACCACGGUGUUCAAAUCCCUGGGGAUGGCGAUUGAAGACACCAUCACAGCAAAAAUGGUCUUUGAAGGUUGGUCGGCCAGCGGAUGAAUCUGCAACCGUCUGAUGCUCUCGAGCCACAGAAUAAUAAAAGGAAGAUU